CUUCAUUCUAUUCAUAAAAAAAAUGUUAUACAUCGAGAUUUUCAUAGUGGAAAUAUAUUAUUAAAGUAUAGUGAUUCUAGAAAUUUAUGGAAAAUUGGGGAUUUCAAUUUAUCACAACAUACUAAUUCCACCUUAACAAGUAAUGAAAUUUAUGGAGUAAUACCUUAUAUUGCACCAGAAAUAUUUAAGGGUUCUCAAUUUUCAAAAGGAGCAGAUAUAUAUAGUAUGGGUAUGAUUAUGUGGGAGCUUACUACAGGUUGUAAACCUUUUGCUAAUGUCGAACUUAAUGCUGAUCUUGUUUAUAAAAUUCUUGAUGGAGAACGACCUCUAAUUACAGAAGAUACUCCGGAAAUUUAUGCUAAUUUAAUGAAAAGAUGCUGGAAUUCUGAUCCUAAUAAAAGGCCCCUUAUAUUUGAAAUUCUUGAAUCUGUUAGUUGGUAU